AUGGCUGGCAUAAAACCCACAGACGUAGUGCCCUCUGCGGCAGUUAAGUUCUUCGGAGCUGGCACCGCAGCCUGCAUUGCUGACCUAGUCACCUUUCCACUGGACACGGCCAAAGUUAGACUACAGAUUCAGGGAGAGUGUCAGAAAGGAUCAAGUGCAAUAAAGUAUCGGGGAGUGUUUGGCACCAUUACCACCAUGGUACGCACAGAGGGGCCCAGAAGUCUUUACAAUGGACUGGUGGCAGGACUCCAGAGGCAGAUGAGCUUUGCUUCCGUCCGAAUUGGCCUUUACGACUCCAUGAAGCAAUUCUACACUCGAGGAACUGAUAGUGCUGGGAUUGUUACUCGGCUCAUGGCAGGGUGUACCACAGGAGCCAUGGCUGUGGCGUUUGCACAACCCACUGAUGUGGUGAAAGUGCGGUUCCAAGCCCAGGUACGAAUGGCAGAUGGUGUGAGGAGAUACAACGGCACACUGGAUGCCUACAAGACGAUUGCCCGAGAUGAGGGCGUGAGAGGCCUUUGGAAAGGUUGCAUGCCCAACAUUACCCGUAACGCCAUUGUCAACUGUGCAGAGUUGGUGACCUAUGACCUGAUCAAAGAAACCAUCUUGAAGUAUGACUUAAUGACAGACAACCUGCCAUGCCACUUCACCGCCGCCUUUGGUGCAGGCUUCUGCACAACAAUUGUGGCUUCCCCUGUGGAUGUAGUCAAAACACGGUUCAUGAAUUCACAAUCUGGCCAGUACAACAGCGCUAUGAACUGUGCUCUCACCAUGCUGAGAAAGGAAGGACCCACAGCCUUCUAUAAAGGGUUCAUGCCUUCUUUCCUGCGACUGGGGUCCUGGAACAUUGUGAUGUUUGUGACAUAUGAGCAAAUCAAACGGGGUAUGACCAGAGCACAACAGUACUGGGAGUCACCAAUGGUUGGCUUUGGACCGGCAGAUGUUCCUCCAUCAGCGGCUGUGAAGUUUGUAGGAGCAGGAACUGCAGCAUGCUUUGCUGACCUGCUCACUUUUCCGCUGGACACAGCCAAAGUGCGGCUGCAGAUCCAAGGUGAGACUGGGGGCUCUGCAGUUUUAGAGAGAGGGUCUACAGUGAAGUAUCGUGGAGUGUUUGGCACCAUCACCACUAUGGUUCGUACAGAAGGGCCCAGGAGCCUUUACAGUGGACUGGUGGCAGGACUUCAGAGACAGAUGAGCUUUGCCUCUGUCCGUAUUGGUCUCUACGACUCUGUAAAACAGUUCUACACCAAAGGCUCAGACCAUGUAGGUAUCGGCAGUCGCCUGCUUGCUGGAUGUACUACUGGUGCCAUGGCGGUUGCUUUGGCUCAGCCUACAGAUGUGGUGAAAGUCCGCUUCCAGGCACAGGCGAGGUCUACAGGGAAUGCCAUUCGCUACUGUAGCACCAUUGACGCUUACAGGACCAUUGCUAAGGAAGAGGGCAUUCGUGGCCUGUGGAAAGGUACAGCUCCGAACAUCGCUCGUAAUGCAAUUGUUAACUGCACUGAACUGGUGACAUAUGACUUCAUCAAGGAUACACUUUUGAAGUCUACUCCCCUGACAGAUAAUCUGCCCUGCCACUUUGUAUCAGCCUUUGGUGCAGGGUUAUGCACAACAGUGAUCGCCUCUCCAGUUGACGUGGUCAAGACAAGAUACAUGAACUCGGCCGUCGGCCAGUACGGCAGUGUCCUCAACUGUGCUGUUGCCAUGAUGACCAAAGAGGGACCACUUGCCUUUUAUAAGGGGUUCAUGCCAUCUUUCUUACGCCUGGGCUCCUGGAAUGUGGUGAUGUUUGUAACAUACGAGCAGCUCAAACGGGCCAUGAUGGCAGCAAAUCGCAACUACACAACUAUUCUGUAAUCAUU